AUGUUCUACUAUCCCAAUGUGCUUCAGCGCCACACGGGCUGCUUCUCCACUAUCUGGUUGGCAGCAACGCGUGGCAGCCGAUUGGUAAAGCGUGAAUACCUGAAGGUGAAUGUGGUAAAGACCUGCGAGGAAAUCCUCAGUUAUGUGCUGGUACAAGUGCAGCCCUCGCAGCCCGGCCUGCCGCGCCCCCGCUUCUCCCUCUAUCUCUCAGCCCAGCUCCAGAUUGGGGUGAUCCGGGUCUACUCACAGCAAUGCCAGUACCUCGUAGAGGACAUCCAGCACAUCCUGGAGCGCCUGCACCGAGCCCAGUUGCAGAUCCGAAUAGAUAUGGUCGAGGCUGAGCUCCCCAGCCUGCUGCUUCCUAACUGCCUGGCCAUGAUGGAAACCCUGGAAGAUGCUCCAGACCCCUUUUUUGGGAUGAUGUCUGUGGAUCCCAGGCUUCCCAGCCCCUUCGAUAUACCUCAGAUCCGACACCUUUUGGAGGCUGUGACCCCAGAGAGAGUCCCUGAGGAGACCCCUCCCGAAGUCCCCAUAGAGCCUGGGAAGCCAGACAGGACCCUGGUCACUGUGCUGACUCCGGAGGCCAUCACCCUCCAGGAAGCAGAGCCCAUACGCAUGCUGCAGAUCGAUGGUGAACGAGACCUCCCAGAGGUUAGCCGUCGAGACUUGGACCUGCUCAUUGCUGAGGAAGAUGAAGCUAUCUUGUUGGAGGAACAAGUGUCCAAGGAGGAACCUCGAGCCCCAGAAGUGGAAACUAUCGUUCCCCCUCUGUCACCUCUAGCUCUUCCACAGGUGGAAGAGGCUGCAGAGCCACUUCCAGGCCAGGUCCUGGCCCCAGAGGAGGUGAAGCCAGCAGCCUGGGAGCCGGAGGCCCUGCUUGCUGAGGUGACGCCCCCGCCCCCGCAGGAGCUGCGUCUCCCAGCCCCACUCAGCCCAGAGAGGAGGCCCCCAGCCUCCCCACCUGCUCGCCGCCGCCGCAGUCGCCGCCGCCAGUUAUUGUUCUGGGACAAGGAGACUCAGAUCUCCAGGGAGAAUUUCCAGAAACAACUGCAAACCAGAGCUCAUUGCUGGGAGUGUCCGAUGGUGCAGCCCCCUGAGAGGAUCAUCAGAAGCCCCACAGAGCUGUUUCAAACCCCAACUUACUCUGGCUGGCUACCCCCAGAACUGCUGGCUUUCUGGACCCGCUGUGCCCAGCCACCCCCAAAAGCACUCAGACGAAUGCCCCUGGAGCCUGAAGAGGAGGCUGCCGAGAGGGAGGCAGCAGCUGAGGAGGAAAGGAGAAAAAUGGAAACCCCGAGUGAUAUCGAGGUCCUGAGGGAGGCCCAAGAGCCCAGUGGGCCCCUUAUGCUGUCUUCAGAGCUCUCCAUAGAAGCAGCUGAGGAGGAGAAGUCUCACAUCAGCCUCAUUCCCCCGGAGGAGCGAUGGGCCUGGGCUGAGGCGGAGCAGCCAGAGCCCCCUGUAUUGCCUGUGGUGCCCGAACUCCCCGAGGUGCCCAUGGAGAUGCCUUUGGAGCUGCCUCCGGAGGCAGAGCUGCUCUCACUUGAGGCUGUGUACAGGGCAGUGGCACUGGAGCUGCAGGCCAACAGGAAGCCAGAUUUCAGCAGCCUAGUGUCACCUCUUAGCCCUCGCAGGAUGGCUGCCCGGGUCUUCUACCUGCUCCUGGUGCUCGCAGCCCAGCAGAUCUUUCGCAUGGAACAAGAGAAGCCAUACGGGCGCCUCCUGAUCCAGCCGGGGCCCCGAUUCCAAUGUGGUUAGAACAAUUUAGAAGCUGCCAAGAAACCAGC